CCGCUAUGAAACUACACGCGGCCCUGGAACUCUGUUGGAUGCCGCCCAGCCUUUCACAUCCUCCAUAGGUCACGAUGGGUGACUCGCAUCCUGACAGUACGACAAUACCCAGCGCCGACAGCGCCCCUGUCGCACCUACAGCACCAAAGACAGCCACACCGCGUCCCCCACCAAGACCCACACUCCUCCAGAAGCUCCGCUACAUCCUCACACGAAGAUUGAGAAACACCGCACAGUCCGUGGACCGUAGUCUUCUCCGCCUCUCCGCUCUUCUCUCGACACCCAAUGGCAUCGACGUAGUCUUAUGUACGACCGGCUACACGCUCACCCUCGUGUACGCACUGGGCCAACAGGUCCUCGAGAAGCAACUCGCUGCCGUGGCAACAGACUUUGCAGACAAAGCGGCCGAUGUGAUGCUCCCGGGCGAGACGUUAAUCGCUGAACUCCCUGCAUCGGCAGGCAUAAAACUUCUGGCACAGACGGUCGGGUCGUCGAAAGCGAUUGCAGAUGUGAUAGCGGACUACAGAAUCUUCGUGCGUAUGUGGGGUAUGCUAGGCCUGUAUACGUGGGCAAGGGAUACAUACCUUUCCCCGCUGCCAAAAGAGGCGACUCGGAAAGAGAAGCUGUUGAGAGGGACGACGUGGGCGGCCAUUGCAUCGUGUGUGCUCUUUCAGGUCCUUGAGAACGGCGCAUACGCAGCGUCCAAGGGAAUGCUCACAAGUGAGGCAUGGACCGGCGAUGCGGGAAAGAAGCGCGAGACUUGGUGGUGGGUCUGGAGCUCGAGGUUUUGGGCUGCGUACGUGGGCUGUGAGAUACUGAGGCUGCUUAUCGAGCGAGCGUACCGUGAGCCGCGUGUUGAAAUGGCAGGGGAUGGUGAGAAGGAGGAUAAGCUGAGGCUAGAGCAAGAGAAGAAAGACUCGUACAACGCGAGGUUCACGUGGUGGAAAGAUCUGAUCAGCAACAUCGCGUAUGCACCCAUGACGCUGCACUGGUCGAUAGAAGAGGGGGUUUUGAGUGAAUUACAGGUGGGCAUCUUUGGGACGAUCGCUGGUGGUGCGUUGCUGGCCGAUGCGUGGAGGAAGACUGCGUGAAUGUGCAGCAAGACAGACUGAGGAUGCUGGUACAGCGGACGGUGUCAGCACCAUUACUGCGACGGUACGACCGAACUUCAUGUAUGAAUGAUACCGUAUAAAAAAAA